AUGGAGCAGUUUCGAACUCGUGGACGGAAAGAGUUCUUGAGAGCAGCAGAAGAUAUCGCUGAUGAUGUGUUAAGACAUACGAAGCACUUUUUACCUCAUGUUGCGCGCCUGUGUCUCAUAUCAACGUUUAUAGAAGAUGGUAUCCGUAUGUGGAUUCAAUGGGAUGAUCAAAAACAAUUCCUGCAGGAUUCUUGGUCAUGUGGAUGGUUUCUUGCUAUUUUAUUCGUGACUUUUAACCUUUUUGGGCAGAUUGUGCCUGUUGUUAUGAUUAUGAUUCGCAAAAGGGUCGGCAUUGGGUGUAUCCUACUUGCUUCUGUUGUCAGUUUGCAAACCGUAGCGUAUCAUAUUUUAUGGGAUUUAAAAUUUUUGGCUAGAAACGUAGCUGUUGGAGGUGGUCUAUUGCUUCUUUUUGCGGAAACGAAGGAAGAAAAUAAAAGUCUUUUUGCUGGUGUACCACAAGUUGGUGACGCAAAUCGUGGAAAAUCUGCUUUGUUGCUUACCGGACGUAUAUUUCUUAUCUUCAUGUUUUUAUCAUUGAUUCAUUUCGAAUGGAAUUUUGUGCAGAUUAUCGAAAUAGUUGUUGGAGGAGCCCUGAUGAUACUUGUACUUGUUGGAUACAAAACAAAGUUGUCUGCUUUUGUUCUGGUGGUAUGGCUCUUUGGAUUGAAUCUCUAUUUGAACGCUUGGUGGAUGGUCCCAACUGACCGUUUUUAUCGUGAUUUCAUGAAAUAUGACUUCUUUCAAACAAUGUCGGUUAUCGGCGGUUUGUUGCUUUUGGUUGCCUAUGGUCCCGGUGGUGUUUCGGUUGAUGAUUAUAAAAAACGGUGGUAG